UCAUUUAAAACUGAUGUUUACCUCGGCCAGGACAUAUCACUACCUUUGAUGUCUCUUUGAUUCACGCAAUGUAUGUUGUGGUGGCAAGAAAAUGUACGUUAUCUAAGGCUGCCCUCUGAUUGGCUACUUUAGCUGUCCUUUUUGGCGGGUAACUUGUGCGAGUUUGACCCAACAUCCAACAGUUUCUUAGUAAAUUCGGUCUGGCUAGCUAGCUAACUUGUUUUUGGUAGUUAUUUUUAACCAAAAAAACAGGUUGUGUGACUGCGCUCUAUCUAGGUAGUAAUAGCUAGCUAUGUGAGCUAUGCAAUUUCAUACUAAUCACAAAUAGGUUGUAGAGUAAAGUCUGUGACAUCAGUGGCUGUGUGUAUUGCUGCUAGCUACGUUAGCUAGCAAAUUUAAUGUAGAUAGCUAGUUAGCUACAUUAGCUAGCCAGAUUAGUAUCAAAUAUUUCUGUAUCUAUCUGUGUAAACUAGUACUUAGCUAACUAGCUACAUAUUUCAACAUAGCUUUACCUUGAUAGCUAUCUGGCUUAUAAUUUAUCUUUAUUUUGUAGAUUUGUCAACUUGUUAUCAACUAGUAUUACUACCAUGGCAUGUGAACAACGUUUGCGGGCUGCUCAGGGCACCCAGUUGCUGCCAAAUGUAGUUUCAACAGAGCAGCAGUCCUUGAUUGUUGUGAAGAAACUGCUGGCAAUUGCAGUCUCCAGCAUCACUUAUCUCAGGGGUCUUUUCCCAGAAAAAGCUUAUGGGAGAAAAUUUGUUGAAGAGCAGAAAGUUAUGAUCCUCAGGGAGGAACGCACCUGCCCUGGUGCCAGUCAGAUUGUACAGUGGAUGCAGGGAUGCUUUGAUGCCCUUCAGAGAAAAUACUUGCGGACGGUCGUUAUGUCUAUAUACACAGACCCAGAUAAUCCAAAGAAGGUUACUGAAUGCUACCAGUUCAAAGUCCAAUACACUGAAAAGGGACCCAAAAUUGACUUUGAAAGCAAAAACAGCAAGAAUCUGGGAAAGAUGGCUUGCAGCAACACAAAAAAGUCCAGCAUCCUCCUGGUGCGUAAACUCUACACACUGAUGCAGAACCUGGGUCCUCUGCCAGACAAUGUCUGUCUCAACAUGAAACUCUCUUACUACGACGACGUCACUCCCCAGGACUACCAACCCCCAGGCUUCAUGGAGGGGGACAGCGAUAGCAUGCAGUUUGAGAAGGAGCCUGUCAACCUGACCAUGGGUGAGGUGGUCACUCCCUUCCACACCCUGAAGGUGGACGUGACCACAGAGAGAGAAAGGCUGGAGCAGGUCGAUGACGAGCAGCCGAUCUGCAUGAGGGACAAGUGGGAGCUGAAGAUGGAGGAAGGGACAGUGACCAAGAUCAGCAGUCAGCAGACUCACAUGAUAAAAGUAAUGGAAAAUCCGGACAACAACCUUUACUUGGACAAUUCCGAGGUCCAGGUGAACUGCCAGGAGAAGAUGGAGGUGUGUGAGGAGAGCACAGAGAACUCUCAGAUGGACACUUUGGUAAAGAGGACAUCUGACCUGGAAGUGGCCAUUAAGAGGACCAGGAGCGGACGCGUCACCAGGUCCACCCUGGAGAGAAAGGCUGAGACUGAGGUGCACAGCGUCAGCAAGAAGAAGCCCUCUCCCAUCGAAGACAAAAUGAUAUCGCAGUUCGAGUUCCCCUGCAGUCAGGAUGUCCAGGCCUCUGUGUCGAAGAAACGCAAGUUCAGCGAACCCAAGGAAUGCUACUGACCUCUGAUCUUUCCACUUUACCUAUAAGAUACCUUUCAAGACAAGAACCGAUUUUCUAAUUUGCAUGGGCAAAAGCUCUAGUCUUUUUUAGGUGUUUUAAAGGAAAGGUGUAGUGCCCAAACGCCAACACCACCAUAGUACUGCUGCAUUCUGUUGUUACAAUGGAAAGGAUAAAGGAAAAAGUUCUUUCUAGUCCACCUUGUUUAUGUUUAUACUUUUUUUUUUUCAUUGUUGAGUUUCAUGCUAGUGUGUGAUAUGGAGACGGGAAAAUGAAAAUGAAUACAAUUGUAUAUUGGGUCUGUGAAGUGCGAAACUCACCGUUUUAUUUAUUUCAAAGGAUUGCAUUUUUAUUGUGACAAUACUGUUACGUUUGUUUUAUGAUUACCAUGAACUAUACACUGCAAAAUUGUGUUUAAAUUUUGUUUUGUUAUAUAAUGUAUCAAUAUACAGUACCCUCCAGUUGUAAGUUAUUUGAUUAAAUGUAUGUUUCUAAUAAAUUAAAGUGCCUUUUCUCAGUUUUGAAAAA